AUGUUCAGGGCCUUGUCCCCUGCAGAUGUUCAACAGACUCUGUUUAUUAAAGUAGAUGCUCCUGAAGUAUGGAGGCCUGUUGUGGACCAGCAAGACCUAGUGCCCGCUCAUAUAAAGAAGACACGGGAGGAAUUCUGGACCAGAUUGGAGGGAGAAGAGCUCUGUGUGAAAGACAAGACUGCUGCCAGCAGGUUUUCAUUCACUUCGGUUCCUCUGACGAAUGAUGAUCAUGAAGAGAAGCCUCUGUUCUCACAGCUUCAUCAUCACUUCCCAAAGUCCCUUGACAUCAAGGAGGAAGAGGAGAAACUCUGGACCAGUUUAGAGGGAGAGCAGCUCAAUGCGAAGGAGGAGUCUGAUGCCAGCAGGUUUUCAUUCGCCACAGUUCCUCUGAAGACUGAGAAUGAUGAAGAGAAGCCUCUGUCCUCACCGCUUCAUCAGCACCAAAUGGAAGACAGAGAUGUUCCAACCAGCAGCUCAGCUGACCAGAUGAAAGUAGAAGCUGAUGAAGAGGACUGUGGAGGAGCAGAAACCAGCAGGAAUCCAGAUUUAAAUCCUCAUGGAGAUGCUUCAAGCUCUCCAGAGACUGACGUCCAUGAGGAUGAUGAAGAGGAUGAGGAUGGGAACAAUCCUGACUCUCAGCUGGAACACUUGUCAGACUCUGGGUCAACAACUGAAGGCGAUGACAAAGACUGGAAGGAGAGCAGAGCUCCUGAGUCAGCUGUAAACUCUGUCAACAAAUGUUUUAACUGCUCUGAGUGUGGUAAACAAUUUCUUCACAACCAGUCUCUUCAGACACACAUGACAUGUCUUUCAACAGGAGGACAUUCAAGCUGUUUGGGUCAGAAGAAACAUGUCAAGUUACACUGGAAAGUCCAGACAGGACUGAAGUCAUUUGGUUGUGAUGAAUGUGGUAAAAGAUUUAACAAAAAAUCUAAUUUUGAAACGCACAUCAGAGUCCACACAGGAGAGAAACCAUUUGUAUGUGAGGUUUGUGAAAGAAGUUUUAACCAUUCAACAAAUUUAAACAAACACAUGAGAGUUCACACAGGACAGAGGCUGUUUGAAUGUAAUAUUUGUGGACAAAGAUUUAACCUUAAACACCAUUUAAAGAGACACACGAAUCUCCACACAGGACAAAAACUGUUUGAGUAUGAGAUUUGUGGACAAAGAUUUGUCCAGGAGACCAGUUUAGACAGACACAUGAAAGUCCACACAGGACAGAGACCAUUUGAAUGUGUGAUUUGUGGAAAAAGAUUCAAUCUUAAAUAUCAUUUAAACAGACACCUUAGAGUCCACACAGGACAAAAACAGUUUGAAUGUGAGUUUUGUGGACAUAGAUUUAGCCAGAAGUCUAGUUUAAACUUGCAUAUGAGAGUCCACACAGGACAGAAACCAUUUGAAUGUGAGUUUUGUGGACAAGGAUUUAGCCAGAAGACCAAUUUAUACUCGCACAUGAGAGUCCAUACGGGAGAAAAACCAUUUAAAUGUGACAACUGUGGGCAAAGAUUCAGUCACAAGCCAAGUUUAAACUCGCAUUCAAGAGUCCACACAGGAGAGAAACCGUUUGAAUGUGAGGACUGUGGACAAAGAUUUAGCCGAAAGUCUAAUUUAAGUGCACACACGAGAGUCCACACAGGACAGAAACCAUUUGUUUGCGAGAGUUGCGGACAGAGAUUUAGCCACAAGAUAACUCUUAUCAGACACACAAACAUCCACAGGAAACAAAGCUCUCAUUUGCAGUGACAGAGGUAAAAGUGUCUGCUCUUAAACACACAAGAACCCUUACAGGAGGGGAAAACAGUUUAACUGAAUGUU